CAGGCUGUGAUUUGAACUUGUGCUAGAACUUGCAUUUUGUCCGUUGGGAUUAUCGCAUUACUGCCAUCUUGGACUUUCUCCAUUUAUUGUGAUCUCCCGUUACAUUCAUGAUGGCUGCUAUGGAUACCGACCAUGACCAUGACACGGUCAGCGGCGAGGAUACGCGUACGAAUCUGAUUGUGAACUAUGUACCACAGACUCUCUCUGAUCAAGAAUUUAGGGAAAUGUUUGCGGCGAUUGGGCCAAUCAAUGUCACGAAAACCAAAAUAAUACGUGACCGCAGUACAGGGUAUAGUUACGGAUUUGGUUUCGUCGAAUAUGAUCAUAAUCGGGAUGCUGUGAUGGCGAUAGAGCAACUAAAUGGUGUGGAAUAUCAACACAAGAGAUUAAAAGUUGCAUUCGCUCGCCCCCAGGGGGAGCAAAGUAAACAAACAAAUCUUUACAUUCGUGGGUUGCCAAAAAAUAUCACUGCGAUGGACUUGGAGGAAUUAUUCACAGAGUUUGGGACAAUUAUCAAUUGUAAAAUCUUAUCGAAUAAGGGUGGAGAGUGUACGGGCGUUGGGUUUGUACUCUUUGAGUUAAAGGAUCAGGCUGCGAGAGCCAUGGAGUUAAUGACAGGCAAGAUGCUACCGGGAGGACCGGAACCGCUCAACAUCAAGUUCGCCGAAGAAAACGCCAAGAAGGUGCGACCGCCACCGAUGUUGCACCCACCUCCGCCGCCACCGAGAGGAUACUUUGGUGGGCCAAUCAGAAACCAAGGCUUCCGUUAUCCAAAUCGUUACAAUCCCAUGAUGGGUGGUGGUCUGAGUAUGCCAGCGCCCCCUGGAAGUUUUUGUGCAAACGGCGGAGACAAUCAGGGUUACACAUUGUAUGUUUAUAAUAUUGGACCUUACGCGGAGGAGCGACAAUUAUGGUCGCUAUUUUCCGCUUACGGUCGUGUGUUAAAGGUAAAUGUGAUUUGGGAUCAUGCCAAAAAUAUGUGUAAAAAUUAUGGGUUCGUUACCAUGGCAAAUGGUCAUGAUGCGGAUAAUUCCAUUGCGGCUCUAAAUGGCCGUUACUACAUGAUCGACAAGCCGCUACAAGUCUCUUAUUAUAAUAAGAAAACUUAA